AGCGCAUUGAACAACAGUAAAUCAACAGCAAUCAUUGUGUUAGCCAUUCCAUUGUGAAAAAGUGCAAAAUAAAAACCAAAGUGAAAAUGCCUUGCAAAGGAUGCGGAAACAACUGCCAGUGCACGUCCGGCAAAUGCGGCAGCAGCUGCGCCGGAAACCAGCAAUGCCAAUGCGCCGGCAAGACGGCCCCCACCUGCUGCCAGACCAAAUGAGCUGAGGUGCGAAGCGGCGCUUCAUAGAAAUUUCUAGUUCCAUACUGAAAUCUCCGACUGAUUGUUAUAAAAGGAUGCUUAAUAAAUUAUAUAUUUAAUAGUUAACUGAAA